CGCUUUCCAUGCCGAUUGCGCCUCUAUGCCUUGUGCCGAUGCAACAAAGCCAAGCACCCAUGCCUGCUCCUCACCUUGCCGCCAACAGCAAGCACCAAGUGCCCCACGGGCUAUCCUCCGUCUUCAACCAGCUCGACCACGUUCGUGUUGUUGUUUCCCUCGACAACCUCUUAAGUGUUGUUGUUCAUUAUGGUCAUGCAGCGGUUCCACAUGACAAGCUUUUGGAACAUAGAGACAUUGCACUGUUUGAGAUGGUAGUUGAGUCCUAUGGGUCUGCCAUGGUCGCACGCAAGCGCCAACCAGUUGCUUUUGCACUAUGGACGGCUGCUAAACUAAGUGAGUUUUGCCGGGACAGACCUUGGGAUCUUGGUAUUACUUUUGGAAGCAUGGUUUGAAGCCCCAACACC